AAUUUUUUUAACUGGGGUCCUUGGGGCAAAUGCAGCUCUUCCUGUGGGCCUGGUGCUCAAAUGCGAUUUAGAAACUGCACCAAUCCACCACCGAUCAACAAUGGACAAGAUUGUCAGGGACCUAGUAACGAGACUCGGGCAUGUGACUCAGGAGCUUGUCCAGUUACAACAGCACCUCCGCCGCCAACAACACCAGCCUGUAUUUUACCAAACCGCAGGACGCCCAAUCAGGAGGAGAUCAAAAAUGCUAUUUCUAUAUACAUUUUGAAUAUUACUCUUCAAGAGUGGUGCCAAAGAGAAGAUGAAUUUAGACUACUACUCGCCGAUUUUGUCACUGACUUUUGCAAUGCUCAGAUCGGGAUAUGCGCCAACCGUUCAUUACCGUCUGACGUGGAUCUCAUAAACAUACUUCCUGGAUUUCCCGUUGUUAACAGUCCCUUAGAACUCCGAUUUUACGUACGUCUGAAGGCUGGUAUCAAUCAACAUGUUACGAUAGACAAAGAGGUCCUGCACGUGAUAUUCGAAUAUUUUGCUCAAAACAUAAGUGAUGCAUUGGGCGCAGAAUUAAUAGCCGAUGGAAACUUUACAAAUUGGGGUCCCUGGGGUGAAUGCAGCACGUCUUGUGGGCCUGGAAUUCAGAUACGAUUUAGGAACUUUUUUUAUCCACCGCCGAUUAACAAUGGUCAGGAUUGCGAGGGACCUAAGAACGAGACACGCCCAUGUGACUUGACACCUUGCCCAGUUGAUGGUAACUUCAGUGAAUGGGAAAACUGGAGCACAUGUUCUUCAACGUGUGGUCGAGGAGUACAGAUACGAUACAGAAGCUGUACUAGUCCUCCGCCGUCCAAUGGUGGCCAAGACUGCACUGGGGCCAGGAUGGAGACCAGAGAAUGUAAUUUAACACUUUGUGUGGUUGAUGGUAACUUUACGGAGUGGACAAGCUGGACCUCUUGCAGCCUGACUUGUGGAAAUGGAACUCAGAGCCGUUACAGAAACUGUACCAAUCCCCCUCCACAAAACGGAGGAAAUGACUGCGAAGGAUCUCGGAACGAGACUUUUUUUUGUUUUGAUGGACCAUGUCCAGGAAUGAGAGUAAAUGAAGCCUGA